GCAGCAGAACACACUGCGUCAACGCAGCGCAGUCCCUGUUCUGUGUUCAUAACGAGGGUGACUUUCCAUUGGAAACUACAGCUGCAUUCCACCCCAUUCAAGCUGGGGAACCGCACACAGUGGAGGAGCUCUGAGCGAGUACACGGUCACGGGAACUAAAUGUCUGCAAGUUUUGGAAUUUAACUAUGGGAAGGUUAUCAAACCUAAGGAUCACAUGAAUACGGCAAUCGGCCGUGCCACUGCAGAUGAUGUUAUAGAUGACAGCUCCGCACAGAGAGAAAAGGACGUCGGAUCAAUAAGAGCUUCUCUUUUCCCCCCCCGAAUAUAACGAGGCGAGAUCGAAAAGGAGCGACUGAAAGCAGGAGCGAACCCCUCCCUCGUCUGGCCCUGCCCUCUCGGAACGGAUUGAACAUGGGGCCGAGCCGGAAGCCGCUCUGCCUCGUCCCGUGUCUGGGGGUCCUGUUCCUGCUGGGGGCGCUGGCCGCGCCGGCACCGUCCCUCGCCACGCCCGCCCCCGCCUUCAAGACCUUCUCCCCGCCCGACUGGGGCCUGACGCACCUGGUGAUCCACAACAAGACGGGCGAGGUGUACGUGGGCGCGGUCAACUGGAUCUUCAAGCUGUCGGGCAACCUGACCAAGCUGCGGAGUCACAUGACCGGCCCCGUGGUGGACAACGAGAAGUGCUACCCGCCCCCCAGCGUGCAGUCCUGCCCCUACGAGCAGGUACAGACCAACAACGUCAACAAGCUGCUCCUCAUCGACUACGCCCAGAACCGGCUGCUGGCCUGCGGCAGCACCUCGCAGGGCAUCUGCCAGUUCCUGCGCCUGGACGACCUGUUCAAGCUGGGCGAGCCCCACCACCGCAAGGAGCACUACCUCUCCAGCGUCAGCGAGUCGGGCACCAUGUCCGGUGUCCUGAUCGAGGGCGCCGACGGCCACAACAGCAAGCUCUUCAUCGGCACGCCCAUCGACGGCAAGUCCGAGUACUUCCCCACCCUGUCCAGCCGCAAGCUGAUGGCCAACGAGGAGAACGCCGACAUGUUCAGCUUCGUCUACCAGGACGAGUUCGUCUCCUCGCAGCUCAAGAUCCCCUCAGACACGCUCUCCAAGUUCCCGGCCUUCGACAUCUACUACGUCUACAGCUUCAGCAGCGAGCAGUUCGUCUACUACCUGACCCUGCAGCUGGACACGCAGCUGACCUCGCCCGACGCCAGCGGCGAGCAGUUCUUCACCUCCAAGAUCGUGCGCCUCUGCGUGGACGACCCCAAGUUCUACUCCUACGUGGAGUUCCCCAUCGGCUGCACCAAGGACGGCGUGGAGUACCGGCUGGUCCAGGACGCCUUCCUCAGCCGGCCGGGCCGGCAGCUGGCGCGCUCGCUGGGCAUCUCCGAGCGGGAGGACGUGCUCUUCACCGUCUUCUCGCAGGGCCAGAAGAACCGGGCCAAGCCGCCCAAGGAGUCGGCGCUCUGCCUCUUCACCCUGCGGCGCAUCAAGGAGAAGAUCAAGGAGCGCAUCCAGUCCUGCUACAGGGGCGAGGGCAAGCUCUCCCUGCCCUGGCUGCUCAACAAGGAGCUGGCCUGCAUCAACUCGCCUCUGCAGAUCGAUGACAAUUUCUGCGGCCAGGACUUCAACCAGCCUCUGGGCGGGACCAGCACCAUCGAAGGAAUACCGCUGUUCGUGGACAAGGACGACGGGAUGACCUCGGUGGCGGCCUACGACUACCGCGGCAACACCGUGGCCUUCGCCGGCACCCGCAGCGGCCGGAUGAAGAAGAUCCUGGUGAACUCGGCGAACCCCAGCCAGCCGGCCCUGCUGUACGAGAACGUGCUGGUGAGCGAGGGGGGGCCCAUCCUGAGAGACCUGCUCUUCAGCCCGGACCAGCAGCACAUCUACACCCUCACCGACAGACAGGUGAGCCUGGUUCCUGUGGAGAGCUGUGAGCAGUACAGCACCUGCGGGGAGUGUCUGGGCUCCAGAGACCCCCACUGUGGCUGGUGUGUCCUUCACAACAUAUGCUCCCGUAAGGAUCGCUGUGAGCGGGCGGGGGAGCUGCAGCGCUUCGCCUCUGACCUGCGCCAGUGCGUCCAGCUCAGCAUCCAGCCCAAAAACAUCUCCGUCACCAUGUCUGAAGUGCAGCUGGUGCUGCAGGCGCAGAACGUGCCGGACCUGUCUGCCGGGGUCAACUGCUCGUUCGAGGACUUCACCGAGACCGAGGGCCACAUCCAGGGGGGGCUCAUCUACUGCCUGUCCCCCGCCACCCGCGACGUCGCCCACAUCACCCGCGGCCAAGGCGACAAACGUGUGGUGAAGCUCUACCUCAAGUCCAAGGAGACGGGGAAGAAGUUUGCCAGCGUGGACUUCGUCUUCUACAACUGCAGCGUCCACCAGUCCUGCCUGUCGUGUGUGAACGGGUCCUUCCCCUGCCAUUGGUGCAAAUACCGUCACAUGUGCACGCAGAACGCCAAUGACUGCUCCUUCCAGGAGGGCCGUGUCAACGUGUCCGAGGACUGCCCCCAGAUCCUGCCCUCCACGCAGAUCUACAUCCCGGUGGGCGUGACCAAGCCCAUCACGCUCUCGGCCCGGAACCUUCCGCAGCCGCAGUCGGGCCAGCGCAACUACGAGUGCGUCUUCCACAUCCAGGGCGCGGUGCACAGCGUCACCGCGCUGCGCUUCAACAGCACCAGCAUCCAGUGCCAGAAGACCUCGUAUGACUACGAGGGCAAUGACAUCAGCGACCUGCCCGUGGACCUGUCGGUGGUGUGGAACGGAAACUUUGUCAUCGACAACCCCUACAACAUCCAAGCUCACCUGUACAAGUGCUACGCGCUGCGGGACAGCUGCGGCAUGUGCCUGAAGGCGGACCCGCGCUUCGAGUGCGGCUGGUGCGUGCAGGAGAAGAAGUGCUCGCUGCGGCAGGAGUGCGCCCCCCCGGAGAGCACCUGGAUGCACCCCGCCUCGGGGAACAGCCUCUGCGCCCACCCCAAAAUCACCAAGCUGUUUCCUGAGACGGGGCCGCGGCAGGGCGGGACCAGGCUCACCAUCAGCGGGGAGAACCUGGGCCUGCAGUUCAGCGACAUCCAGGCCCGAGUCCGGCUGGGGAAGGUCUUCUGCCACCCCAUCGAGGACGAGUACAUCAGCGCCGAGCAGAUCGUGUGCCAGCUGGCCGACGCCACGGGUUACCGGGUGCAGGAGGCGAAGGUGGAGGUGUGCGUGCAGCAGAACUGCGAGCCGGACUACAGGGCCGUCUCGCCCAAGGCCUUCACCUUUGUGACCCCGUACUUCAUGCGUGUACACCCCUCCCGGGGGCCGCUCUCCGGGGGCACGAGGAUCACCAUCGAGGGGAACCACCUCAACGCUGGCAGCGCCUUGACCAUCAACAUCGGCCUGCACCCCUGCCGCUUCGUCAGGCGGAGCGCCAAGGAGAUCGUGUGCGUGACGCCGGCGGGCCAGAGCCCGGGGGGCACGCCCGUCAUGGUGGACAUCAACUGGGCCGAGCUGAGGAACCCCGAGGUCAAGUUCAACUACACCGAGGACCCCACCAUCCUGAAGAUCGAGCCCGACUGGAGCAUCGCCAGUGGCGGGACCCCCCUGACCAUCAGCGGCACCAACCUUGCUACCAUCAAGGAGCCCAAGAUGCAGGCCAAAUAUGGGUCUGUGAAGUCCCUCCACAACUGCACGGUCUACAACAACACCAUGAUGGUGUGCAUGGCGCCCUCCGUGGCCGGCUCUGAGAAGGGCUUCUCGGAGGUGGGCAGCGCCCCGGACGAGAUCGGCUUCGUCAUGGACAACGUCCAGUCUCUGCUGGUGGUCAACGAGACCUUCAGCUAUUACCCGGACCCCGUCUUCGAACCCCUGAGCCCCACGGGCAUCCUGGAGCUCAAACCCAGCUCCCCGCUCAUCCUCAAGGGCCGGAACCUGAUCCCCUCGGCCCCCGGGAACUCGCGGCUCAACUACACGGUGCUGAUCGGGGAGACGCCCUGCGUGCUGACGCUCUCCGAGGCGCAGCUGCUGUGCGAGUGGCCCAACCUGACCGGGCACCACAAAGUCACGAUUCGGGCGGGCGGGUUCGAGUACUCCCCCGGCACCCUGCAGAUCUACUCGGACAGCCUGCUGACCCUUCCCGCCAUCAUCGGGAUCGGCGGCGGCGGCGGCUUGCUGCUGCUGGUCAUCAUCGCCGUGCUGAUCGCCUACAAGCGCAAGUCGCGCGACGCGGACCGGACCCUCAAGCGGCUGCAGCUGCAGAUGGACAACCUGGAGUCCCGGGUCGCGCUGGAGUGCAAGGAAGCGUUUGCCGAGCUGCAGACGGAUAUCCACGAGCUGACCCAGGAGCUGGACGGAGCCGGCAUCCCCUUCCUGGACUACAGGACCUACGCCAUGAGGGUGCUGUUCCCCGGCAUCGAGGACCACCCUGUACUCAAGGAGAUGGAGGUGCAGGCCAAUGUGGAGAAGGCGCUGACGCUGUUCGGGCAGCUGCUGAACAAGAAGCACUUCCUGCUGACGUUCAUCCGCACGCUGGAGGCGCAGCGCUCCUUCUCCAUGCGCGACCGCGGCAACGUGGCCUCGCUCAUCAUGACCGCGCUGCAGGGGGAGAUGGAGUACGCCACCGGCGUGCUCAAGCAGCUGCUCUCCGACCUCAUCGACAAGAACCUGGAGAGCAAGAACCACCCCAAGCUGCUGCUGCGCAGGACGGAGUCUGUCGCCGAGAAAAUGCUGACGAACUGGUUCACCUUCCUGCUCUACAAGUUCCUGAAGGAGUGCGCCGGCGAGCCCCUCUUCAUGCUCUACUGCGCCAUGAAGCAGCAGAUGGAGAAGGGCCCCAUCGACGCCAUCACCGGCGAGGCCCGCUACUCCCUGAGCGAGGACAAGCUCAUCCGCCAGCAGAUCGACUACAAGACCCUGACGCUGCACUGUGUGAACCCCGAGAACGAGAACGCCCCAGAGGUGACGGUGAAGGGGCUGAACUGCGACACCAUCACGCAGGUGAAGGAGAAGCUGCUGGACGCCGUGUACAAGGGCAGCCCCUACUCCCAGAGGCCCAAAGCCUCGGAUAUGGACCUGGAGUGGCGUCAGGGCAGGAUGGCCCGAAUCAUCCUCCAGGACGAGGACGUCACCACCAAGAUCGACAACGACUGGAAACGGCUCAACACGCUGGCGCACUACCAGGUGACGGACGGCUCCGUGAUCGCCCUGGUGCCCAAGCAGAACUCGGCCUACAACAUCUCCAACUCCUCCACCUUCACCAAGUCCCUCAGCAGAUACGAGAGCAUGCUGCGCACAGCGAGCAGCCCCGACAGCCUGCGCUCCCGCACGCCCAUGAUCACGCCCGACCUGGAGAGCGGCACCAAGCUGUGGCACCUGGUGAAGAACCACGACCACUCGGACCAGCGCGAGGGCGACCGCGGCAGCAAGAUGGUGUCCGAGAUCUACCUGACCCGCCUGCUGGCCACCAAGGGUACGUUGCAGAAGUUUGUGGACGAUCUGUUUGAGACCAUCUUCAGCACGGCCCACCGCGGCAGCGCCCUGCCCCUCGCCAUCAAGUACAUGUUCGACUUCCUGGACGAGCAGGCCGACAAGCACCAGAUCACCGACGCCGACGUGCGGCACACCUGGAAGAGCAACUGCUUGCCCCUGAGGUUCUGGGUGAACGUGAUCAAGAACCCGCAGUUCGUCUUCGACAUCCACAAGAACAGCAUCACGGACGCCUGCCUGUCGGUGGUGGCCCAGACCUUCAUGGACUCCUGCUCCACCUCCGAGCACAAGCUGGGGAAGGACUCCCCCUCCAACAAGCUGCUCUAUGCUAAAGACAUUCCAAACUACAAGAACUGGGUGGAGAGGUACUACUCGGACAUCUCGCGGAUGCCGGCGAUCAGCGACCAGGACAUGAGCGCGUACCUGGCGGAGCAGUCGCGGCUGCACCUGAGCCAGUUCAACAGCAUGAGCGCGCUGCACGAGAUCUACUCCUACAUCACCAAGUACAAGGACGAGAUCCUGUCCGCGCUGGAGAAGGACGACCAGGCCCGGAGACAGCGGCUGCGCUGCAAGCUGGAGCAGGUCAUCGACACAAUGGCCCUGGCCAGCUGAGGGCGCGGAGGAGGAACGAGGACGAGCGCGUGGUUCCGAACCCCGAAAAACCAUGGACCGCAAGGACAGGAAGCAGUGCACCGGAGAUUUGGCAGAGCCGGGCGGCGCCGCGGAGCCCGCCUGGGCCCACAACAGAGAAAAAAAAAACAACAAUAAAAAAACAAAAAAAAACAACCCGCAACAAUCACGGAAAGCAUCCGUUCAUCGCUGUCUGUUAUCGUUUCGUUGCGUGCGUGCGUGCGCUCGGCCGCGCCCCCUCGCCACGCCGGGAUCGGAGUCCUCCGUCUCGGCCAGGAGAACCGAGGAAGGGGAACGGCUGGGGCACGGCCUUCUUUCGGCCUUUAGGAAAUGCGCCCCCUUGUGACACGUCCGGGCGUUGCGAUAGAAUGUCAGUCCAGAGACCAUGUCGAGAUCAAGGACAUUUCUUUAUUUUUUUUUUCCUUUUCGUUUUGUUUUUUUUUGGUAUGUUUGUUGGUUUUUAUUUUUGCUACAUCGAUGUACUCAACUGCCCACUCUCCGAUCUCCUGCCACUCGUGUUACUGCUGAAUUUGCACAAUUUACAGAAAAAAAUGAAAUGAGAAGAAAAAAAGAAAUAGAUAUAUAUAUAAAUGCAAAUACAUUUUUAAAGGAACAAAUAAAAAUAAGGGUAAAAUACUUUUUCCAUUUUAACAUAUGGAAGCCGCCGACAAAAAAAAAAACGGCUUCAAUAUUUCAGACAAAAAAAUGAAGAAAAACAAUGAAAAAACUUGUCCUGUGCCAUGUUUUAUUUGAAUGUUGUUUAGUGCAAAGACAUUUUGUUAGAUGAAACGUGCUAUAAUUUAAAUGUUAACAUGCCUAGUGACUGGAAAAAAAUGACUAAAUUGAUCAAAAAAAGAAACGAAACAGCCUCCAUGGAGAAAAAAAGAAGGAAUCACUGCAAUGUGGGGGCAUUGCCUAUUCAGGAUCAUUGGCUGAAAUAGUUGGAAUGGGUCUUGAAAAUAAGCAAUUUAUUUAUUUUCAACUGUAACCGCUCCCACCCUUAGUGCAAUCAUGGUUCAAACCUGGAAACCAAACCGCGCACACAUGCUUUGUUUAUGGUUACUAGCGUAGCUUUCAACUUAAACUGCGAACAAGCCUGAGGCCGUUAGAACAACGUGGAGGGCCUUGUGUCUUCAGACAUCUUGGAGAUUAUCUGUGGUGAGGAAUAUUUUGUUUUGUUCAUUUGCUCACUAGACUAGCUUGCGCUGAAGACCCCUGUCCAUAAGGGGUAAUCUUAUAUGAAGUACAUCGCAUUACUUGAAGAAAACUCCAUUCUCCGUUAGAUAGUACCAGACUGUAAAGUUGAGUGUGCUGAAACCCUGCGUGGUCUGAAGUUUCAGGAGGGUUGAAGGUCAGUCAAUUCAAACGUUUUAAUACACCGUUCGUGCAUUCCAACCGCUGCAGCCAGCUGGCUUGUUGGAGGAGAGCACCCAGCUUUGGGCCCUGCUAAAAACAGCAAGGUUAUUUCAACAUACAGCAAGAUUUUUCUUUCAAAAAAAAAAAGAAAGCAAAAAAACAAACAAAAAAAAACAACCUGAAGUGUCAUUCUGUUUCCUGUUUUCGAGGUCCUCUGCUGAGGCCUGCCAGUGGGAUGAGGCGCUGUGUUUAGUUUGGCUCUCCUCUCUUUCGCAGUCCGUGGUAAUGAGGUCAGGGAGGCCAUCUCGUCUCCGCUAGAACAAAGAGGAGCGAGCUCCGCGCCAUUAUUCAAACGUUAAGAGCAGAAGGGAGUCAAUAAGUCAGUGAGAUUGCUUGAGCAAACUGAACGGUUAGCUUUGUUGGAGGGGAGCAUCAGAGGGCUAAAAGACAAGGGUAAAUCCUCUUAGCUGAUGACCUCCGUGACUUUAGCAUUUUAUUACAUUUCUUUUCUUUUAUAAGAGAUCUUGGAUGUUUGACUUUGUGGUGAGAAACUGUGUAAAUUGUUUCUGCUUGCCUAAAACCAUAGUGUGGUCAGUAAUGGAUUUUGGUAUUUUAUUUUUUAAUGUAUUGCCUUUUUAUCCAGAAGUGAAGCUGAUUUUUGUCAUCCCCCACCCCUGCUCCUACACCCAUGUACAAACACACACUCACACACAGGUACAAACACACCCACACACACACACACACACACACACACAUACACUCACACAUACACUCACAAACACAUACACUCACAAACACACACACACCCACACACACACCUAGUUAUGUUCUGCCUAGAGCAGAUUUGAGGGUACUUUCUCACCGAUCCUGAAAACAUGCUUGGUACCUUUAGCAUAGUACUUUGCCGAUGGAACAUCAGUAUUCAUAUCCUGCUCUUCCUUGUCAAGAAGUUAGUCUUGAGGUAGAAGGGAUUCUUGUCUUCUGUGACAAGUUGGUGAGCUGCUGCUUAAUUCUGUCAGGUUUAUUUUUCUGAGGAGAUGAAGAAUUUUAGGAAACUCAUUGUUGCAUAGUUACGCACUUACUCUGUCUGCCGCAUCACCCAAAAUGAACAAGUCAAAUCAAAGAGACAGGAGAACAAAGUGAGGGAAGACACUUUACAUGAAAUGAGUGGGUUUCCUGGAAAACUUGAUAGUCUGCUUUUCCCUUUUUUAAUUUGCAAUUUUAUAUCUUGACAAUCAUCCUGAGAUGGUUUGAAUUUCAUUUCAUUUCUUACCUGUGAAGGGGCGUGAAACUAAAACUGAAACUAGCCAACUGUGUUCAUGAGACACAAGCCAUCGCUGCAUCAAACACCUUUUAUGUGUGUCAUAAAGUUCCUCCUGGACAGUCCUCAAAUGUAAAAACCCUGCUGUUUAAAUAUUUAGGUCAGAAAUCUACUGUUUUUUUAAUUUUAUUGUUGUUGCUGUUGUUGUUGCCGUUGUUGCUGUAGCUUCUCAGCCUCAGACAAUGGCUAUUUCUUUAAAUAAGGACUCCUCCCGGAUCCACAAGGCUUCUCUCCUGAAAUCAGGACUGCUUGAGAAAUUCCUGUCAGGUGGCGGGACCUGAAGUGAAGUCUUUAUUUAUUAUUUAAUUGACUUUUUUUUUUGGCUUUUCUCAUUUUCACUCCUAAUCAGUUGGGAGCAGGUCUCCAUAACAUAGUCAUUUGGACCGAAAAUACCAAUCAGUCUCUUUAGGCUUCUGUAUUCACUGCACACAUUGCUGUUACAGAACCUUAUGGGGGAAAUGGUGUGUGUUCUCUUUGUUAGUCUUUUAAAAAUAAUUUUGACUGUAACUUCCUGUCCAACCCACCCAUGAACCCCUUUCUGGGCUGCGACGCCACCCAGGCUGGGAUGGGUCUCCCCUCGAAAUCGACCAGGGCCGUGUGGUUUGUCUUCAGCCUCAGGUUCUCCACAGCGAUAUCAGAUCAGGCUUUUACCGCCCAAGGUAAUUGGUCGGUUGUAAAGAUGCUCAUUAAAGCCGUUGAGGGCCCCAGUGGCCUUUUCAGUUAACUGGAAUGGAUCAUCCCAGCUGUUUGUGGUUGAGCGAACAUCCCCUGAACUCUGUUUCAAACUGGGCUGCUUAAAGACGUACGCAAGGGGGACCGUGUCCCCUUGUGGUUCUUAUGCGUGACGGUUGCUCGCAUGGAGUAAGUUUGGUGUGAUUCUCAGUUUGGGUUAAGCGCUUAGCCUGUCAUGGUGUGGCUUGUCCAAUAUGAAGCUAAUUUUUUUAUUGCUGUACCCAUAUCAUGUUUUUUUGUCUAGGUGCACCUCGAAAAUUAGAAUGUCUCAGAACUACCUUCAGGUGCCCAUCUUUUGGAAUCUUCCUCCUGAAAAUCAGUGGCACAUUGGUCCAGUUGGGUCCAGUUUUCCCUGCAGUUUUCCCUGCUGAAACACCCGGUGCAUUUUGCACAUUAGCACACAGGUUAGCUUUUUGAUGAUUUGAAUCGUGGAUGCUUACUACUCUGUCUCAGGAUUUCUUUUCCUUGUUUUGAUGGCUUUUUGCUUUUCAGUUUUGUUUUUGUCUGGAAGGAUGGGUGUGGGGGGGGGUGAACUGCGGACUCUUUGCGUGGCUGCUCUGGAGCGAACUCGUUAUUUUGGCAGAAGAACACACAUAUGGCGGCAGUAAUCCUCCGUAAACGUCUCCCCCUUUUUGCCACACGUGUGAAGGUCGAAAGAGACUCACCUGUUGAGCUCCUUUCACUGAGGCGGCACAAGGCCUCUGUCCUUUCAGCAGUGCUCAGGGCUUGGGCUCUGGCGGGAAGGACGAGACGUCGGAGGGAGAGACGGACACUGUCCAACGAACGGCCUGCUCUCGCUUAGCACGGAGUGCCUUGUCAGCUCCGGUCCAUCCCUACCCAUGAUGCACUUCUUUCAUCCCGCUCUCACUGUGGUGCCCGAUUACUCUGCGAAACACACCUCUCCUCCCCAGGCCAUCACCGACACACUCAUGCCAUAGCCGGGUCAUUCCAUUGCCUCUACAGUACCGUGUCUGAACAAACAAGUUACGAUCUUUGGCCUUUUCAAUUUCUCUCUUCUUUUUUUUUUUUUUUUAAAUUGUGGCGGAUUAAGUAGCUGUCCUUUUUAAAGUGAAAAUAAGUGCAUAGGAUCAAAAUAAAUACAUAAAUAAAAACAAAUUUAAGAAAACAAAUCAGAGGAGUUUUAAUACUAUAAUUCUGAUACAUUUUUAAGAGUUUCAGACUUGAAGCAACUGUGACAAGUUGGCUGUUAAAUGCUCAUUGUGUAAAUAUUCUGCUGUUUCCUAUUUUGCAGAUUUACUACUUGUAAAUAAACACAUGCAUCAAGGAGAGAUUAAACAUUUUUUGCUAAAUAA